AUAGAAAGAAAAAGAGAGAGAGAGAGAGAGAAAGAGAGAGGAGACGGCGUGUAUUCCGCACUGGGAGAACAUCUCUCAGCGCGGGGAACGCGCGUGUGCGCGAGGACGGCCUGUGUUCGCGCGCUUCUCCGCAAUAUCGUAUGCGCGAAUGAUUAUGAUGCGAGUGGCUGAUGGCUUUUUUUUUCACCAUGUGCGUGCGCGCAUACACGACAACGACGGGACCAAGACGGCUGUUGCGAUGAUGGCUGGCGACGACGGUUUAGCCGCGCGCCGCUUCCGUAGAAGCGGAGAGGAGAGAACGAAGCGGAAAGGAAGGGAUCUUUCUCGGCCGGAUGGAUGGCCAUGUGCGCGCGCGUGUGCGAUCGCGCAUGUAUUUAUGCGAGUACACACGCGCGAGCGCGGAGAAGAUCUGCCUGGCGUCCUUGGUCUUAGACGGCUCAACACGCAGGUAGACGAAUUGCUUGGGGACACAACAUAAAAGGAAAAGAUUUAUUAUUUCUGUGUAAGUGACCAUUAAGGGCCUGCAAAAUGGAGGGGAGUGGCACCGGAAUUGGCAGGCUUGAUUCUUAUGAAGAUAUGUUUAAGGAAAUCACUAGGAAACUUUACGGGGAAGAUCCUGAUCAUAGAACUUCGAGCGUGCAAAACGAAUUCGAAGCGUCAGUUUCAUACAAAAACGAUGAAGAUACGGGAAAUGGUACAGACGGUAGUGACGAUGGAAACUGGACGUACGACGAGGAACCUCUAAAAGGCACUGAUGGUAGUCGAAUCGCUGCUUAUCAUGCUGGAAAAGUUAUAUGGCGAUGUGACGAAUGCGGCGAUGUUAUGGGAGGUAGUCCGCGUGAGCUUGCUGAACAUUUUAUGGAACUUCAUUCUUCAAGAAUCCUACCUGAUAACAGUAGAAACAGGCACCAUUCGCCACGCAAGGAUUAUCUGCAAACAGAGCUUAAAAUCGAAGACGUGGUUAUGUAUUUAGAGAGACUCCGUGAACGCGCCGAACGGGCAGCACCUCCCUCUAGAAGGACCCAAGAAACACAAACCGUACCUGCGGCUUUACUGCCAGUUACUUCGAGCUUUCUCCUGCAAGAACUGCCAUCCGUUCCCGCGCCGCAGCAUCUGCAACAGAAUACAGCUACGAUGACUACUUCGGCCGCAGCCUCCGUGAGUGGUAAACGAUAUACCUGUCCAUACUGUCCUUACGGCACUGACAGACGCGAUCUCUACACGCGACACGAGAACAUCCAUCGCGAGGAGAAGCCGUUUCACUGCUACAUGUGCUUCAAGCCCUUCAAUCGCGCCGACCAUGUAAAGAAGCAUUUCAUGAGAAUGCAUCGCGAUCAAACCUACGACGUCUCGAAAAUACGAAGACCGGUGGGAACAAGCGCAUCGAAGCCGUUGCAACAGGACACAGCGACAACGCCAACGGCGGCCAAUGCGAGCACCCAACCGCAACCGCAGCAGCAACACAUGAACUGCCAAGCUACUUUCGCUAGCAACAAGGGUUAUCAGUUACAGCCGAAUGUUGCUACAUCGGGCACUGGCACUAUUGGUAUUUAUCAAACAACGACCAUGCCCGCCCCGGGAGGAAUCAUGCAACCCGACGUGAAUAAUUGCAAUACAGGCAGACGCGUACAAAAUGGUGGAUGCAAUAGCAAAAGUCACCUUAAAGGUGGUUCCAAAAGCGCGCAGGAACGAAGGUACUCCUGCUUGUACUGUCCAUGGAGCGGUGUUGAUAAUUGGUGUUUGAAACGACAUUUGAACACCCACACGAAGCCCUUUGCAUGUAGUUUGUGUGAGUACAAAGCAGCACGCGCCGAACGGCUUUCGACGCACGUGCUCAAGGUACAUAAUAGGAGGCAAUGCUCGAGAUGCUCGUUUCUUGGCGAAGACGCGGCGCAAUUGCAGAUACAUCAGCUGCAUGUUCAUCGCGUUAGCAGUGCGAGUGCACCGUCGACAUCGACGGCUCAAACAGCACCGCCGCCGAGCAAUCGUCAUCCGCAACCUCUACAUCCCGUGGGAGGAGGACGACCACCACCUGGGCCACCAGUUUUUCCAGCACCAGCUCCAGCAAUCGCACCUGCUACCACUGUAAUACCACCGAGCACCAUACUCGGCCACGAGAUGGUAAAGUCCCCUGCAACCGCAGCAACCAUGGCAUAUCCCACGGAGGAGGAGAACCGGUCGCACCGUCGCAUAGCCGGCAUCAAUGGCGACGACGACGACGGCAACAACGAUGACGACGACGAUGACGACGUCGUCCGAGGCAACGGUAACCGUGAGGCACGCAAUCGUGACCUCGACGCGCGUCGCGUCUGCGGUUUCAAGAAUGAUAAGAACGAUUUUGUAUCGUGUCUGAGCGAUCAAAGUAACGGGAGUAGUAAAUAUGAUAUUAUCGACACGUCUAACAGUGAUUUUAUAUAUAGUUACCAGAUAAUGGCGAGCGCAAAUCAGUUACCAGAUAGUGCCGAGGUCCGACUUUCGGAACCGUGCCAUUCACGAGAUCCCGUGUGUAGACAGGACGAGAAGGAAAAUCAGCAAAGGCCGAGCGAGAGGCGAUCUAGGAAGCAGAGUCAACCGAGACAGGUAAAAUGGCAUUGGGAUUCUCGGUGCAAUCUAAUACCUGCGUUAGGUUUACAAGAUCUGACAAACGUCGAGCCGAACAAGAGACAAGAUAUUAAUGGUAAGAUUCAAAUGAUCUCUAGAUCUCGUCAACAAAAAUCAAUAAGACAAAGAAUGUUCAAGUGUCAUUUAUGCCGAAAAUAUGCGCCGACCCAAGGAAUGAGUCGCCGCUCGUAUCACAACAAAGCUUCGUUAAUACUUCACAUGUUAUGGCGACAUAAACGACGAUCUUGCUAUGACAAGAAUCGCACAUCAACAAUCAAUUUAUCAUCGACUGUCUCCUCGAUCACACUCAAGGCCACGUUUUUCACCAACCCGAAUUAUAGAUAUCAUAGAUAACAGCAAUGGAGGCUGGGAGUGGCUAAGAACGUAAAUUGUUAUUAUUAGAAUCAAAUUUUUCGAAGGAAUUGUAAUCUUUUUUAAAGAAACUCUAGUCGAGGAACUUUUAAUAUAUGUACAAUUUGAGUUUUGAUAUAUCUCUGUUGUACUUUUGUACUUUACUGAUUCUUUCCUCGUUGAAUUUCAUGAUUAAAUUAGCUUCUUUUUCGUUGUAAAAAGUACCUUGAUUUAUUGCGAAAAUAAACUUCGUACUCACACAAGAUAUCUAUGUCAGUAAUAUAAUAUGUUUGUAUGUUUGUAAAAGAGAAAAUUAUAAGAUAUAUUUGAUCUCUCGAUUUUCUCAUAGCACAUUAUGCCGGAAAUAAGCGCCCGUUCGAGGAGUGAACUUCGCAUCAACGAUUAGUUUGUCAUCGACCACACUUGAGGCUAUGUUUUUCCUCAAACUGAAUUACAGAGUAGGUAACAGCAAAGAAGUCUGGGUGAGCUAAGUAUGUAAAUUGUUAUUAUUAUA